AUGAGCCAGUCUAGCAUUUUGGACCGACUUUCAGCGCUCGACACCAAUACAGUGUCUGAUGCCUUGGAUUUUCUCGGUCUCAAAGGAGCCACAUACGGCUUACGACAACUCUGGGACUGUCCAAAGAUUGUCGGACGCGCCAGUACAGUGAAACUGGGCCCGAAGACUGAUGCUUCUCCCACAGCUCAUCUACUCACCCCGGUCAUAGAUGCGGUAACUACGGACGAUCGCAUUCUCGUCAUCUCCGGUGGCAUCGAUGGCGUCUCAUGCUGGGGUGAUAUCAUUGCCAAUGCCUCGAAAGUGAGGCGCAUUCGUGGAACCAUCAUCGAUGGCAUGAGUCGUGACAUCGACGGCAGCCGCGAUCUCAGCUAUCCCCUUUACGGUCGUGGCGUGACAAUGAUAAGCGCGCGCAACCGCCUGGUCCAAGUUGACUCUGGCUCACCGUUGCAGAUGCGGGGUGUCACCGUCAACCAGGACGACUAUGUGAUUGCCGAUCGCUGCGGGACAGUGUUCGUCCCCGCCAAGAGCAUUGAAGAGGUCCUGGACUAUGGCGAGCGGAUCGACCGUCGUCAGACCCUUAUGGUUCAGGCUGUUCGAGCUGGUCACCCGGUGUCCGAGGUUAUGCACGACACGCAAUUCGAAGCCAUUCGCGAGCGUAAAUCGUCACAGUUAUUCGCGGCAGCCGCGCCGUCCUUCAAAGGAAACCCAAAGAAAGCUAGCCUUGAGGACCAAGAGUUGGUAGCGCUGUUUGCCAAUUUAGAUACCCCUGCGGUCUCUGACGCACUUGAUAACCUUGGAAUUUCUGGACAAGCGUUUGGUAUUAUGCCUUUGGCAAAUUACAACAAGAUUACCGUCGGCCCAGCCUUCACCGUACGUUACGUACCUGCCAGCGACCCACCAGGAAGUGUUGGUGAUUUCAUUGACGAUGUUGCCGUGGGCGAUGUUGUAGUCAUCGAUAAUGGUGGUCGCACAGAUUGUACUGUUUGGGGCGAUAUCAUGACUCAAUACGCCGGUUUACGGGGCAUUGCUGGAUCAGUUAUCGACGGUGUGUGCCGAGAUGUGAACCGGGCGAUAAACGAUGACUACCCGCUCUUUACUGCUGGGCGUUGGAUGCGAACCGGAAAGGAUCGGGUUCAAAUGGGAGGUGUUAACCAGUCGAUUGGUAUCGGCAAGGUUCGUGUCGAGCCUCGCGAUAUUGUUGUUGCCGAUGCAAAUGGUGUCGUUGUUGUUCCUCGAGAUCGAGCCCGCGAGGUGGCCAAAGUAGCACGAAAGGUUGAGAAAAGCGAAGCUAGUAUUCGGGAAAUGAUCGCUGGCGGAGCCACAAUCGCUAAGGCGCGAGAGCAGCUCGGUUAUCAUACACUACAGCGUAAAGGAUAA